CAUACUUCGGUGCUCUACAUGCAGGGUCGGCAGCUGGUACCUGCUUUACAGUGCGAACCCAACUGCUUGCGAGAGCGCCAGUUCUGCCGCCACGCUGCUGUCGGGAUUGGCAAGGUACUGAGGCCGCUGGGUUGGACAGGUCGGUACGGUUUACUCCUCCCCGCCACUAGUCCGAUCCGUUAGUUCCGCCCACCCCUCCACAGCCAGUCCUUCACGUCUCCUCGCGCUUCCCCCCACACACGCGUUUCCUCACGACACAUCGCGUUUAUCCCUCACGUGCUCCCUCGCGCGCGUCUCCCCUCUACGUCAUCCCCCACCAUGUCGCGAUAUCUCACACCGGGAAAGAUCGCGCUUAUCGCGCUGGUCCGAGAAUAUGCCGACCACAAGUUCCCGAACCCGGCGAUCAUGCCGGUGCUCGGCUUCGUGCUGAAGCACCUGAACCGGCCGACGGAUGCGUCAACGUUCAACCUGACGCCGGAGGACCUGAUCGCAGCGACCGUAAACUACCAGAGCUCCGUCGUCGGCCGCACGGUGCUGGACCUCCUCGUGAUCGAUCUGUGGAACAUCAACUGUCUCGACGCGCUCAACACGUUCUUCCAAGAACUACGGAUGUACCAUCAGCGGCCUGUGGGUGCGCCGCCUGGCAUCGACGUCAAACGCAGGCUGAUUGCUGAUGCCUCCCCGCUCGGAAUGUUCCUGAGAAGGUCCCUGCUCGAGUUCGAGAAGCUGCAGUUUCACGAGAUCAACUCGCUGUGGUACGCCUUUGCGAGGUUCCGCGAACCUACCUUUCCCCUGUGGAAGCUGCGCCCGCAUGGUGGUGGGAUCAGCGCGGACGUCAACCUGAGGGGGACCGCGCUGGAUGAUCCGCUCGUGAGGAAUGUGUAUAUGGGGCAUGAGAAGGGGACUAAGUAUACUGUGUCUACGGAGGAGAUCGAGAGACUUCUGGAGUUCCAGGUUGAGUUGAUGCAGAAACUGGGAUCGCGAGUAUCGGAUGACACGCAGCAGCGAUUGCGCGACAUGAUCUCGACGUGCGUUCCCGCCUCGCAUCUCCGGCACUACGUCAACUUCCUGAACUCCUGGCGAUCCGGCGACUACCCCGGUGCGUUCGACAGCCUGCACCGGUACUUCGACUACACCAUGCACACGCGAGACCGAACAUACUACCAAUACGCCCUUUUGAACCUCGCCAUCCUACAGGCCGACUUCGGUUGCCACCGGGAGUCGGUGCUGGCAAUGCAGGAGACCAUCAAUGCCGCGCGCGAAACGAAAGACAUGGCGUGCCUCAACUUCGCGCUCUCCUGGCUGUACCACUUCCACCGGGCGCAUCCACAAGACUGUCCAGAGGUGAUAGCGGCGCGUAUGGAGCGAGAAUCGCUCUCCUUGCUGAAGCUAAAAGCGAAAGAGUGGGGAAUGGACCACCUUUUAUCGAUGGCGUACCUCUCGGAGACGCGGCAGAUCCUGCUAUGCGGCGAAUCGAUCCCGUCAGCGUUCGAGAGCCUCCUGCGGAGCUCGCACAUCAACACCACGCGGCAGAUCCGCAACGCCACCGGCUCCCAAAUCUUGCUGCAGUCCACGCUGUGGAGUCGUCUCGGCGUCACCCAGUGCGCGUGGAUUAGCUGCGAGGCGUUCCUGGCGAAGUACCGUGGUUGCUCGCCCGCCGAGGAUCUCGCCGUCGCCCUAUGCAAGAGCGCGUAUAUACUCUCAAUGCGCGGCCGCUUCGAGGAGGCGUUUGAUCGCCUCGAUCAGAUCUCGCCUGAGUCUCUGAGGUCACUCAAGAUUAACCAGUACUGGACCGCGUACUCGGCGCUCAUUAAGCUAAGACGCGCUGUGCACAGAGACGAAGUCGCGGGUGCCGAGUUGUUGCUGCAACAGCUCACGGCGGCGGAGCAGAUGGAGCAGGAUUGUCGCCUCGAGAUAUCGGUGACUCGCAUCGAGUUUCUGAUGAGGCUGGGGAAUUUCACGUCGGCCCUAGCGAACUGCGAGCAGGUGUACGACGACCUUGUGCGAAACGACUCGGACGCCUAUAACCGCGUACGGCUGAUAAUCAUGAAAGCGGAGAUCUUUGUGAAAAUGGGCCGGCACUCUCGUGGCCUCUCGAUCGCGAUCCACGCAGGAUCCACCGCCUGGCGCGCACGGUUCAUGCCAAUGCUGUACCAGGCGUUCACGGUGAUCGCGGGGAUCUUCGUGCACCUGGAGGAGUACGAGGCGGCGUACCAAAUGCUGGACGGGAUCAUGCCGCAGAUCCUGGAGUGCGAGGACUCAUUCCUGACUGCGGUUGCGUUCGGCGUUCUCGCUGACGGCCAGGUCGGCCGCGCUGGCACGAGUAACAGUAGUACCUGGAGAGAACAGUGUCUCAAUAAGGCGCUGGGGUAUUUGGAUCGCGCUUUCCUGGAGUACUCGCACAUGCAAGACGUUCCCGGCCAGAAAUCGACCAUCAGCAAGAAGAUACGCAUACACAAUUUCCUCGAGAACCGUGCGCUCCGCGACGACGCGGUUAAGAUAUACAGACAGAUCGAGCGCGAUCAGGAUGAGCGCAAGAAUUUGCCGCCGCCUAUUCCGUCGCCGAAGCAGGCGGGGAGAGAUGCGGGGUUGGGUGCUGGUAGGCGUGCUUGAUUAGAUUGGAGGGCAGCAAGGGCAGGAGGGCAGGAGGGCAUGAUGGCAAUAGAAGCGCACUUUACUAUGAUAGAUGGGGAGUAAAUCACUUGAUACCAAUUUACUGUUUUUUUCC